UCUCCCCCUCUCCAGCGUCCCUGCAUCGCCAGUCUGCUUCUGUUGUCUCGGCGGAUUGUUGGUCUUGGGGAGAAAAGAUAUCGCGAGUGUUGGAGUUUUGGUGAGAGUUUGUGGAAGAUGGCGCCUGUUGUGACAGGGAAGUUUGGGGAGCGCCCUCAACCACAGCGCCUAACAAGAGAAGCGAUGAGGAAUUACCUGAAGGAGCGAGGAGACCAAACUGUCCUGAUCCUGCAUGCAAAGGUUGCCCAGAAAUCUUAUGGCAAUGAAAAAAGGUUCUUCUGUCCACCCCCAUGUGUCUACCUGAUGGGCUCUGGCUGGAAGAAGAAGAGAGAGGAGAUGGAGAGAGAGGGCUGUUCAGAGCAGGAGGCUCAGCCCUGUGCCUUUAUAGGGAUAGGAAACAGUGACCAGGAGAUGCAACAGCUCAACAUCGAGGGGAAGAACUAUUGCACAGCCAAAACCUUGUACAUAUCAGACUCCGACAAGAGGAAGCACUUCAUGCUGUCGGUCAAGAUGUUCUACGGCAACAGCGCCGACAUCGGCGUCUUCCUUAGUAAGAGGAUAAAAGUCAUCUCCAAGCCCUCCAAGAAGAAACAGUCCCUGAAGAACGCAGACCUGUGUAUUGCAUCGGGGACCAAGGUGGCCCUGUUCAACCGGUUGCGGUCCCAGACGGUCAGCACGCGCUACCUCCAUGUGGAGGGGGGGAACUUCCACGCCAGCUCCCAGCAAUGGGGUGCCUUCUACGUUCACCUGUUGGAUGACGAAGAGUCUGAAGGAGAGGAGUUCACUGUGAGAGAUGGCUACAUCCACUAUGGACAGACGGUCAAACUGGUCUGCUCUGUCACCGGGAUGGCCCUGCCACGCCUGAUCAUCCGUAAGGUGGACAAGCAGACGGCCUUGUUGGAUGCAGACGACCCCGUCUCCCAGCUGCACAAGUGUUCAUUCUACCUGAAGGACACAGAGCGGAUGUACCUGUGCCUUUCCCAAGAGAGGAUCAUCCAGUUUCAAGCCACUCCAUGCCCAAAGGAACCAAACAAAGAGAUGAUCAACGACGGAGCGUCCUGGACAAUCAUCAGCACAGACAAGGCUGAGUACACCUUCUACGAGGGCAUGGGCCCGGUCCACUCGCCUGUCACCCCCGUGCCUGUGGUCGAGAGCUUACAGCUAAACGGGGGUGGGGAUGUGGCCAUGCUGGAGCUGACGGGACAGAACUUCACCUCAAACCUGAGGGUCUGGUUCGGAGACGUGGAGGCAGAGACCAUGUACAGGUGUGCGGAGAGCAUGCUGUGCGUGGUUCCCGACAUCUCUGCCUUCCGCCAGGGCUGGCGCUGGGUACGUCAGCCAGUGCAGGUUCCCGUCACGCUGGUGCGGAAUGACGGCAUCAUCUACUCCACCACGCUCACCUUCACCUACACGCCGGAGCCUGGGCCGCGGCCACACUGCAACGCCGCCGGAGCCAUCCUAAGGGCGGGCAGCGACCGCCUUUUAACGGCGAGCAGCAACAGCGCUAACAACAGCGACGCUAACAACAGCUACGGCCCCAACAACGCAGGAGUCACAUCCUCAUCCACGGUUGCAGCCGUGGUGUCCUAACACACACACACACUUAUACACACACACACACACAUACACAAUAUGCCUCGAGAGCAAAAUGUACCACAUGGUAAAAAGACUAUAAAGUAAAGUGACUCUCUAAAAGUGCUGCAUAUUGAUUUGGGAUUUCAAAAGAAGCUGAAAUUGAAAAUUGAUCGGACGCAGAAAGGAGGAAUUCAAAGAUAGUUCCUAUGUUAAAAGUUAUCAACCAGCGGAAAUAAGAGAAACUGUGUGAACUCCUCGCCGCUGCCCUCUUGUGAUUCGCAAGGGACAUGCCUGUCGGUUUACGGUGUUGGAGCUGUGUAAUAGGGAGUUCCUAUUGGCUCAGCGCGCCAGUGUCUUGAACGGAGACCACAACAACUAUACAUCCACCACAUGUAUAGGACGUUAUAACUACAAGGUCGAUUUUGUGCGCUUUUUUUACCCCCUCCCUCUGUUCAUUUCCCCCCUCUUUUUUUUGUCUCGUUAGUCGUCUAUGUUACUGUCAAGGGAGGAAAUGUAUUGUUGUUGGAGGGAGAGCGAGGAGUGGACAUAGUGGGGACACAAACUGUCAUGACGAUGCCGUUGUUUUUGUGGACCAAGGAUCUUGCAUAAGCUUCAGUAAAGGCACAUUUCACCUGUUUUGUAUGAAACGUAUAGUACACUUUUGUUACCAAAUAGUUUCUAUUCUCUUCCUCCGAGCUUUGGGCUUUUUUUAUGUUGUCCAAAUCCCGACCUGGCAUGUGUAUUAUAGCUACCUUUACUUCUUGUCUCCAUUAAAUGCCUGCUUCUUUCGGUCUUUUUCGACAGAACGUUGAGUUUUUGAUACUUUGCUAGUCUUUUGGAUUUUUUUUAUUAUUUUUUUACCGAAACGAUGGUUUGUUUGUGUUAGGGAGUAACCUCAGCCGGCCUCAUUUUUUGUAUUCUCAUUGUUUUGUUUUUUAAUGAAGUCUUUAAAAAGAAAAGCUUUAAGCAACGCCUCUGCCUUGCCUGCAAUACUCUGUUCGCUACAAGCUACGUUUCCCUUUGGAAAGUACACUAUGUCUCUUCAUCACACAUUGAGCCAUGGUGACGUGAAUUCUUCCAUUUUUUUUAAAAUUUAAAAUGUAAAAAAAAAAAAAAAAAAAAACUGGACUUCCAGUUACAAAAUAGUUUGUCAUUUUCACAUUUAAUGAGUCUAGUCGUUGAAAUAAAAUGGUAGCCUGAGUACAGUAGUAUUAUUACAGUCAACUAAAAUCAUGUCACGUAUCCAAAGUUGAUAUCCUGUUGCUGUGGAAGUGUCCAGCGACGUCGUCAGUCAGUCAGUAUGUUGUGUUUCCAGGCCUUGGUGUCUUCCUGUGUAUAGUUCUGGUGGCAUUUAAAACUUUCGUUGGUUUUUAGAAAAACGAAAAGACAGACACUUCCAAUUUGAUGUGGCCUUUACCGCUCAGUUAAAUGUCAAAGAGUAACAUUACCCUUCCAACGACCUGCCCUUUUCAUUUACGUAACUAGAACAAAUCUGUGUGGGGGGAGGGAGGGGAGACAGACAGUCGGUCUUAUCUCUGCUCGUUACGAGGUUGAAGAUGACAAAGGGGAUUCUAAGAUCCCAUAACUCUUUUCAACAAUGGGUCCAGCUAUGCUAGUUAGCAACGGCGCUAGUCCGAUUGAGUUGUUUUGUUUUCUAACGCUGCCCAAUAGAAUUAUUACGUUGUCUUAACCUGUAAUACUUUUCACCUGGACUCGUUACAGGAAGUUGUUGCAUUGAACAACAUAACCCACAAUGCUAUCUUUGUGUCACUGCUUCAAAAACACACUGUCAUACAUACGACCAGCGUUCUGGGAGAUUUGUUGUUUAAACAAACUCUGUUCAGUGUGAAAGUACAACACUUACAGCACCAGUCAAAGGUUUGGACACACCUACUCAUUCAAGGGUUUUUCUUAAUUUAAAAAAAAACUGUUUUCUACAUUGUAGAAUAAUAGUGGAGACAUCAAAACUAUGAAAUCACACAUGGAAUCAUGUCGUAACCAAAACAGUAUUUUAUAUUUGAGAUUCUUCAAAUAGCCACCCUUUGCCUUGAUGACAGCUUUGGACACUCUUGGCAUUCUCUCAACCAGCUUCAUGAGGAAUGCUUUUCCAACAGUCUUGAAGGAGUUCCCACAUUGGCUGCUUUUUCUUCACUCUGCCGUCCAACUUAUCCCAAACCAAUUGGGUUGCGGUAGGGUGGUUGUGGAGACCAGGUCAUCUGAUGCAGCACUCCAUCACUCUCCAUUACACAGCCUGGAGGUGUAUUGGGUCAUUGUCCUGUUGAAAAACAAAUCAUAGUCCCACUAAGCGCAAACCAGAUGGGAUGACGUAUUGCAGCAGAGAUCAUCCGUUCACCUGCUCUACGUCUCACAAAGACACGGCGGUUGGAACCAAAUAUCUCAAAUUUGAACUCCAGACCAAAGAACAUAUUUCCACCAGUCUAAUAUCCAUUGCUUGUGUUUCUCAGCCCAAGCAAGUCUCUUCUUCUUAUUGGUGUCCUUUUAGUAGUGGUUUCUUUGCAGAAAAUCAACCAUGAAGGCCUGAUUCACGUAGUCUCCUCUGAACAGUUGAUGUUGAGAUGUCUGUUACUUGAACUCUAAGGUGCAGUUAAUUGCCGGUUUCUGAGGCUGGUAACUCUAAUGAACUUCACCUCUGCAGCAGAGGUAACUCUGGGUUUUCUUUUCCAUCCUGUUUGAUGGUUUUUGUGACUUUCAAAGCUCUUUAAAUUGUCUGCGUUGACUGACCUUCAUGUCUUAAAGUAAUGAUGGUCUUUUACCAAAUAGUCCUGUCUUCUGUAUACCACCCCUAGCCUGUCACAACACAACUGAUUGGCUCAAAUGCAUUAAAAGAGAAAGAAAUUCCACAAAUUAAGUUUUAACAAGGCACACCUGUUAAUUGAAAUGCAUUCCAGGUGACUACCUCAUGAAACUGGUUGAGAGAAUGCUAAGAGUGCGUAAAGCUGUCAUCAAGGCAAAGGGUGGAUACUUUGAAGAAUUUCAAAUAUAUUUUGAUUUGUUGAAAACUUUUUGGUCACUACAUGUGUUUUUUUCAUCGUUCUCACAAUUAUUCUACAAUGUAUAAAAUAGUAAAAAAAAAAAAUCUAGUCCAAUUAAGUUGUUUUGUUUUCAUGGUCAAGAAAAGCAUCAGUUCUCACAUUUUACUCAACAAGGAGAAGGCAGUUCUCUCUUACAGAGGUGGAAUGUUGUUACAUGCCUUUUUAUAAUCUGGACAAACGAUUAACCUGGUAACAAAAUCUGAUGAAAUACUCUCUUAACCUUGUGUGAAGCUUUUUGCAAAUACUGUGUACAUACUGUACUUGCAAGGGGUUUGUUUGUUUUCUUCCAAAAGCAGCUGUUUUUGGGGGGGUGGGGGGUUAAUGAGCUCUGAACAAUGUAUGUAUGUAUCCUCUAAUAUGCCAAAUGUCUUUUUAUAACAUAGAUUUGUCAUGCACUGCUAAACAGGACAGAGCGAGAAGCAGCUUUAAAUAAAGGAAAAGACGUGUGGGAGGCGCCUUUCUCUGACACGCUCUGCCUUGAAUACUCCUCAAGACGAUUGGCUGGCUGCAUUAUGGAGUAGUAAUGUUUCCCUCUCCUCUGUGUCUCUCUGUAUCUACGUUUUUGACUUCACUCACUUAGCUCUGCACGCUUAACUUCGCUGCAGUCCCAUUUCUUAUCUUGUCCCCCUCACACAUCCUUUCACACACACUCUGUCUCCAUCUUUCUCUCUCUCUGUCUCUGUGUGUAAUGUUCCAUUAAUGGUAAACAGAGGUGUCAGUCAGUGGUAGUAUACUCAGCGAUCGAAGGGUUUGCUGAUGGUAGAAAUCUGUGCAGUUUGUAACAUUUUUAGCAAUAACGUGAAACAAGGGGACUGUUUUUUUGAUAACAUUAUGAUUGGUUGUUUUGUUUUUUGUACAUAUUGAAAUUCCAUGUCAUUUAAAGGGAAAAAAACAAGAAAAAAGUUGCUAUAUUGGCAUAUAAAAAAAAAAAACACAAGAAAUAAAAAAGUGACAAUUAUGUGUGAAA